AUGCCUACCUUUGCAUGCUUUUUUGCACGUUGUCGUUCAGUAGAGACUAUUGCAGACUCUCCAAGAGAGAUUAUUGUAGCUGCGCGUCGUGCACCUGUUCGACUGCUAAUCAACAAACCAUAUCCGAGCGGAGCUGGAAGCACCGUGUCAGUUGAAGAUAAAUUAUCUUGUGGCACUAGUGAAAUCCCAUGCCCAGCUCCAAAAAGAAAUCGCUGCAACAGCUGGCGACCAUGUCUCGACCUUGAAAAGAUGAUCAAGGUAUGA